UAUUGUGAGGGUAGGUUUAGGAUUAGGAUUGGGUUUAGGGGGUAGGUCGGAUUAGUAUAAUAAAUAUUGCUGUCUAUUACGAGUUUUCGAGUACAUUUCAUUAAUACGGAUGUUUACUGUAAGUGUUCUAAUCAAUCGGGAAUGAAUUAGAUUAACCGUUGCACUGAAAAGAUCCGACUCGAAAGAACAAUUCGUUCACAAAGCUACUCUAGGCUGCUUCAAUGGGGCUCUGAAACAACGAGCAGUCAGAUAGACAUGUAAUGAUAAUAUCUUGCGGUAUUUACCACAAAGCGGUUUGCUGUUCACUGAAAACACCUGACUGCUCUCAAUAAGCCGUCAAAAUGAUGCGCUUUAUGCUUCUGUUCAGCCGGCAGGGGAAGCUGCGACUCCAGAAAUGGUACACAGCUACGGCUGAGCGUGACAAGAAAAAGAUGGUCAGAGAGCUCAUGCAGGUGGUGCUGGCCAGAAAACCCAAAAUGUGCAGCUUCCUGGAAUGGAGAGAUCUAAAGAUAGUCUACAAGAGGUAUGCCAGUCUAUAUUUCUGCUGUGCGGUGGAGGAGCAGGACAAUGAGCUGAUUACCCUGGAGGUCAUCCAUCGCUUUGUUGAGCUGCUGGAUAAGUACUUUGGCAGUGUUUGUGAGCUUGACAUCAUUUUUAACUUUGAGAAAGCUUACUUUAUCCUGGACGAGUUUCUUAUGGGGGGAGAAAUUCAGGACACAUCCAAGAAGAGCGUGCUCAAGGCCAUCGAACAGGCCGACCUUCUGCAAGAGGAGGAUGAGUCACCCAGGAGCGUCCUAGAGGAGAUGGGGUUGGCCUAGUACUAGUUUCCAAUGCAGUCAACACGGAGGGUAAAUGUUGGUACUACUGCGACACGUGGGCUUACGUGAAGGGGAGUUUGUGAAUGGGUCCAAAGGGUGGGAGGAGAACGGGAAAAAAGAGGGUAGGUGGGGGUAAUUUUGGUACUACUGAGAUCAGCAUGUGAUUGUAUUUCAAUUCCAACCUUUUUUUGUCUUUUACCUGUUAAAAUGGCUGCCUAGCUGGGAUCUUCUCUUUCUUAAGAGAAACUGCAGAAAGAGAGUUAGACAGCAGAUAGACACUGAAAUUUAGCAAUCAGAAGCAUUUUUAGAAAAAGGAGUUUUAACAACAGGUCAUGCAAUCUCAGCUUUUAUUUUUAUGUCAAAGAAUGAUUUAUUGUUACAUUGAUCAAGUGACCUGCUUUGGAAAAGCUAUCUGUAGUAGAUAAAAACCUCCAAUUGAAUCUUCCUAAAUGCCAUACAUCUGCUGUAGCUGCUCAGGAAACAAUGACACUGACCAUCCAGCCAUGUUUAUUUGUGUGAGAUGCAAAUAUUUGUACGUGUACCACUUUAAAUGAAGUGCUAUUGCAGCAUAUGGACCAUAAGUAAAUCUUCUAAUGGUUUUUUUCUAAUGGACCGAUUUUGAGGAUAUGUUCACCAAACGGGAGGAAUAUUAAAUAGACCUUUUUGAAUGGCUACAAAUACAAUACAAUACUGAAUGGACUAUAUUAUGCAGUCUAUUCAUUCUGUUCUGUCCCUUGAGCCACAGUAGUAAAACGUCUGAAUGUGUACUUUGAGAACAGGGCACAGAAUCUCAUCCACAAAAUGGCGCUGAAGCUCUUUCCUGUUUAUCUUGGUCUACAUCCUGCUUUCCAAAGACGUGUUUCUGACUGUAAGCGUGGCGGUGGAGUUGUAAUAAGUAAGGGAGUAUUUGUAGCUUGUUUCAGAUAACAAAAGAGGGCUUUGAUAUUAAGUGUGAUGUAUUUACAGAGCUUUUUAAACGUGGUGUGAAAUAAGGGAAUAUUUUGAGAUGAACUUUUUUUAAGCAAUUGAAUAAUUCAGCAUGAGGGCAUGUUUAUACCUGUGUAAAAUCUGUCAGGUAACUAAAACAGAAUUAUGUUUGAAUGUAAUUUUAUAAAUAAUAAAACACAAUUUUAGCCUUCCAA